CGGUGAGAUCACAGGAUUCACAGGGCGCAACGGCUGCCGUCACGCGCGGUCGCUGGGGCGUGGGCAACUGGGCGUGCCGGAUCUCAUCUAACGCCGCCACUUGCUGCCACGACCUCCUCCUCCCCCCCCCGCACACCUCUGACCUCCCUCCGUCCAUCUCAUCAUCAUCUUUGUCCCUCUCGCGCAAUUCGCCGAACACACCGCGCGCGCCUCGCCUCCCAGCGACGGCCGCCUCGACGGCCAAUGCUGGCGGCGGGAUGAGCGUGGAGGAGGAGGUGGAGCGCGGGGAGGAGGACCUGUUCUACGAGUCGCUCGACCGCAUCCUCUCCUCGUCGGGCUCCUCCACCUCUGCCUCGGACGACGAUGGCGCCGACCGCCCGCGCCACCGCCGCAGCUGCGAUGCGCCAGCCGCAGCGGCCCUCGACCUGUGGACCUCCCAGCCGGCGCCCGUCCAUGAGCGGCGGCGCCGGCUGCUCCAUCUCAUGGGGCUCACCGGCGAUCCUUCCCUCGCCGGAUUUGAGAUUGCCCGGUCCGCCUCCGGAGAAGCCGCGGGACCGCCCCCGGCCUCUCCCGUCUCGUGGUCCAGGUCAGGCGGGGCCGCCCUGGGCUCCGCCGGGAAGCCGCCGCUCGGGGGCGGCCGUCUGCGCUUCUCCUUGUCCGACGGGUCCGAUGCCGCCGACGAGGACCCCAGGUGCCUGAUCAGGAACCUCGACGACGGCAGAGAGUACGUGGUGAGGGAAGAAUUCGCUCUCCGCGAGGUCGGCACGGGGCGCCACCUUACCGUUGAGGAGUUGGCCCGUUCACCCAUCGUUCAGGAGCUUAUGCGCCGCCAAGCUUUCAGUACUCCCAACUCCAACUGCACCUCAAAUUCCCAAAGCGGCACCUCCACGCCGAUCGAGAGAUCGAGCUCAGGUUCCAGCAACGGUGGGGGGCGCGCCAAGCGGCGUAGCAGCUGGCUCCGCAGCAUCCGCUGCGUAGCUGGCUCCUUCGCGUCCCACUCACGUGACCGCCGCAGCAGCGACGAGAAGGACGCGUCUCCAGAGAAAGGCGGGCACCACUCCAGCUCCACGACGGAUGACAGCCAGGACAGUGUUCCACGCCAUGGUCCGGCCCGUGUCAAGGUGCGGCAGUAUGGGAAGUCAUAUAAGGAGCUCAGUGGCCUGUUUAUGACACAGGAGAUACAGGCACACAGUGGUUCCAUAUGGAGCAUCAAAUUUAGUCCUGAUGGCCGUUACCUUGCGACUGCUGGGGAGGAUUGCGUAAUUCAUGUUUGGGAGGUGUUGGAGUUUGAGAGGGCAAGGAAGGAGAAUGAGGUGUGCAAUCCGCUUGUUGCUAUGGUGUGCAAUGAGUCAUCAGAGACAACGGUGGGAUCAGCUGCUCCAAGUGAGAGCCAUUGGGAGAAGAAGCUGAGAUCAAAGGUACUGCACGGUGGGGGAUCGGUGAGCUCAGACAGGUUGAUGGUGCCUGAGUAUGUGUUUGCACUGUCCGAGAAGCCCGUGAUAACCUUUGCAGGGCAUUCAGAGGAUGUGCUUGAUCUCAGCUGGUCCAAAUCUCAGUUCUUGCAGUAUUUGCUUUCAUCAUCAAUGGAUAAAACCGUACGGUUGUGGCACAUGUCAAGCACUUAUUGUUUGAAAACCUUCUCACACACUGACUAUGUGACUUGCAUCCAGUUCAAUCCUGUUGAUGAUAGAUACUUCAUUAGUGGUUCCCUGGAUGAGAAGGUUCGCAUUUGGAGUAUUCCAAAGCGUGAAAUAGUUGAUUGGGUCGACCUUCAUGAAAUGGUUACUGCUGCCUGCUAUACUCCAGAUGGAAAGGGCGCUCUGGUUGGGUCCCACAAGGGCAGCUGCCAUCUGUAUGAUACAUCUGAUGACAUGCUUUGCUACAAAACACAGAUCGACCUACAAAACAAGAGAAGGAAAUCUAGCCAGAAGAAAAUAACAGGAUUUCAGUUUGUCCCAGGGGAUUCUUCAAUGGUCAUAAUCACAUCUGCAGAUUCACGGAUCAGAGUUCUUGAUGGUUUUGAGCUAGCGCAUAGGUUUAAAGGAUUCCGAAACACAAGCAGCCAAAUCUCAGCUUGUUUAGCUGGAAAUGGGCGGUAUAUUAUCUCGGCAAGUGAGGAUUCCCAUGUAUAUAUCUGGAGAAACAAUGAUGGUCCGAAACCAAGUAGAAAGAAGGGCAUUGUUUCUGUCACAGAUAGCCAUGAAUACUUCCACUGCCAGAGUGUGACAGUUGCUGUUACCUGGCCUUUUGCCAGCACCGCAAUGACUUGUUUAAUGAACCCCGGGAAGCAAGAAGAGCUUGAGCGUGGGUCUGAGCCGCAAGAUCUGCAAACCAAACUUGCCAAGGCACAGGAGAUGCCAGAUGUUGAGUACCGGAGCACAAAUAUCACGAGUAACAACUCGAAUCAUAAUAAUGGUGACCGGACAUCUCCGACUUGGCCUGAAAAACUUAACACACCACCAAAUCAAAGUCUCAGGGCUACUACCUGCCAUGCCAACGAGGGAGAUCAAGCUCUGAAUCGGUCGGCCUGGGGCCUAGUGAUUGUCACAGCAGGCCGUGGAGGUCAAAUCAGAACAUUUCAAAACUUUGGUUUUCCUGUAAGAGUAUAGCAUGAAUAUGAAUACGUAAGAUAAUAGUCACUGCCAUUCAGGAGUGUAGUUUGUGUAUAGAUAGGAGAUAGUGGGUGAGUUUCACACUAUUCAGGGAUUGGGUCUGAUUGUUCCUUGGCGUGCAUGCUAGAGAUCAGAAUCUUCAUCUGACAUACACUGUGUACUGCGAAACUUGGUAUUUAUUUACCCUGAGGCCUAAAUUGUACACGAAAGAGAAAGCCCUAGAGAGCAACACUAUCAGCUGACUGCAGAUAAUUUAUCUGUCCGCUAAAACCCCUCCUUUCGCUAUUACUAUUCCGAACCAUUGCAUGUUCUUGUAAGAAAAAAAAAUACAUGUGGUGAAAUUGUCGUUU